CCCGACUGUGACGCCCAGCCAUUGGCAACCCCACUUCCAAGCUUUGCUACAUUCGGGUACGUACCUCGAACCUUCAGCAACUUGCAACUGAACCUCAUCCUCGAUUUGAUUAUCCAUUGUCAUCCAUCACCUAAUCUCCAGCACAUACUUCCAUCAUACUUUCAACGAGAAAUGCCCUCAGAAUCAACUCCUCUACUCCACAAUCUCCUCCCCCAACAUGUAGAGCCAGAUGGUGAGAGUGGCCGUACGGGGUUCCACCCUUCGCAUUUCCUGCAAGUUUCAUGGAACAGUGGCUCCAACGCAGCAAAAUAUGUCAACGUGCUAUGGCCCUUUGUUCCCGUAGCCAUCAUCUUACACUUUGUCCUGCCGACCCAUCCUCUCCUCAUCUUCGGCUUCAGCUACGUUGCCAUGGUGCCCGUAGCCAACCUCCUCGGCUUCGCAGGCCAGGAAUUCGCAAGGAAAAUGCCAAAAGUCUCCGGAAUCCUCAUCGAAACUGCAUUUGGCAGUAUUGUUGAGAUCAUCCUUUUUUUGAUCUUGCUCGCAAAGCACGAAUCGGAGAGCGCCGGGGGAUCAUCCGAACACGGCAAUCUCAUCCCCGUCAUCCAAGCCGCGAUCCUGGGCUCGAUUCUAACGAAUUUACUUCUUUGUUUGGGCGCAUGUUUCUUCGUCGGUGGUUUUCGACAGGCGAGGCAAAAGUUCCAUGCGAGCAUCAGCGAAGUCGGUACCGGUCUGCUCUGCGUAGCGGCCUUUGGGCUGCUGAUUCCCAGCGCGUACUUCUCCGCGCUCAAAGGCGAGGCUAAACCAUCUGCAAGCAAACACGGAAAAUUCACAAACGAGGUGUUGCAGAACAACGUCCUGCGCAUCAGUCAGGUGACAUCCAUUCUGCUCAUUAUUGCGUUUGGCAUCUUCAUCUGGUAUAAUGCGCGCUCGCAGCAUUCCAUCUUCGACGAAGUGCUGGAAGCGGACGAGCAUCGCGAUCUCGACCGUCAUGUCGACCUUGCACGGCCCAAAUUCACUUUCACGGAAUGCGGCGUCGCGCUUGUAUUAUCGAUUGUACUUGUCACUUUCCUGGCUGUGCUGCUCGUGGAACGCGUCGAUGAAGUGGUCGAGUCCGGUGUUCCCGAUCAAUUCUUGGGCUUGAUUCUUCUACCACUAGUUGAGAAAGCGGCAGAACACUUGACAGCUGUGGAUGAGGCUUGGGAUGGUCAGAUUAAUUUUGCUCUAUUUCAUUGCAUAGGCCCAUCCAUCCAAACUGCCCUUUUCAACGCACCCCUCGUGGUACUCGUCGGCUGGGCACUCGACAAGCCCAUGGAUCUCAACUUCGAAAUCUUCAUGAUUGUUCUCCUCGUUUUGUCCAUCGUGGUAGUGGGCAACUUCCUGCGCGACGGCGAGUCAAACUACUUGGAGGGUGCCAUGCUUCUGAUCAUUUACAUGAUUAUUGCGGUUGCUUCGUGGUACUAUCCUAAUCCGGAUGUAGCCACGUCAAAUGGAUUGGAGAAUGGGGGAGGCAUUUAA